UGUACGACGAGUGGUCAUAUUAUGCAUGCUUUUUCUGAGAAACUCCCGUAAUCGGCCCAAGUGUAGUAAGUUUUUUCAUGGGUUUUGAUUCAUUCAUAUGUUUCGUUAAUUGGGAGUGGAACUGCUGAAACUGCAUAGAGGGUUAGUCAGUGGUUGGUCAGUGGUUUAUUCAUCUCCAUCUUACUCUGAAGUCAACUCCUUGACAUAACACCCCAAGGAUCUGUCCAAGGGGUGCCACACUAUUCUGCCACCAUGUCUACGAUUCUUCAGCUGCAACAGUUAAAGGGGCCCGACUUGGAGCAGCUUACACUCUUGUAUCAGGAGACAGGCUUCCCGGUAGAGGUGCGCUACUACUGCGGAUUAUGGAUUGAAAGUCAACAAUGGGCAAGUCUUGACCUUGACAGCCAAAGCAGUGAGCCUGCUGCUAGUAUGCUGUUGCAGCAACUCAUCCAAGAGAUCAAUCAAAAGAGUGAGGAGCUCUCUGGAGACGACUUGUUUGUUACAAGGCUGAAACUUAAAGACUUUGCCAAUGACUUUUACAAAAACUACCGAAACAACCCGUUGAAGUUUGUUCGUGUGGUCCGUCACUGUCUUGAGUCAGAAUGGCGGAUAAUUGAGCAGUCCAAUAGUGGAGUACAAGGUGCCAUGGAGCAGGCCAUGCCCGUUCCAGACUCUCAUCAGGAGAUAGAAAGUGUCUUAAAAACCCUCAAAUUUAAAACACAGGUUGGGGAGAAACAGUUGAGUGACAUGCGACAAAAGCAGGAACUCUUCGUUGUAAAAUAUCAAGAGUUUCAAAUGAUACAGAGUAAGCUUUCUGCCAGUCAGCAACAGUUUCAGGGGGUGCCAACAGAUAACACCAGUAGUAGGAACGAAGAGGUCCGUUUAAACCAGAGAAAGGAAGAGAUGAAAGUUGUUAUCAACAGAGAUGCCCAACAUUUGAUGGCUUUGAGAAUGCAAAUGGCCGAGCAUCAUCGGGAAAUCUACAUGCUGUUGGCUAAAGUGCAGUCUCGGGUGUUGAAGGACGAGCUGAACAAGUGGAAGCGUCAACAGCAACUCGCUGGCAUUGGAGGCCCACAAGAGGGCUCUUUGGAUACUCUGCAGUCAUGGUGUGAAUCCCUCGCUGAGAUCAUCUGGCAAAACAGGCAGCAGAUCAUGCACAUUGAAAUCCUCAAGACGCGCCUCCCCUUGGCGAAUCCAGCCGAAGACCCAACCCAAAACCUUAACAGCAGCUUUACAGCACUAUUAUCGGCGCUCGUCCCAUCCACAUUCAUUAUCGAGAAACAACCACCGCAAGUGCUCAAGAAAGAAACAAAGUUUAAGACGUCGGUCAGAUUGCUGGUAGGGGGCAAGCUGAAUGUUCACAUGGAGCCACCACAAGUGAAGGCCACAAUAAUCAGCGAAAUGCAGGCCAAAGCUCUGCUGAGUAAUGAAAAUUUGAGUCCCGAUGAAACAAGUGGAGAGUUUCUCAACAACUCUGGCAUCAUGGAGUACCAUAGAGACACAGGAAUUUUGAAUGUAUCAUUUAGAAAUAUGUCACUAAAGAAAAUCAAGAGAGCAGAUAGACGAGGCGCAGAGUUUGUGACCGAGGAGAAGUUUACGGUACUUUACCAGUGUAAAUUCACAGUGUCUAGUGGUGAGCUGGCUUUCAAAGUCAUGACUCUGUCACUACCCGUCGUGGUGAUCGUCCACGGUAACCAGGAGUCCAACGCAUUGGCCACAGUGUUGUGGGACAAUGCUUUUGCAGAGCCAGACAGAGUUCCCUUUGUCAUCCCAGACAAAGUCCCAUGGCCGCUGAUGGCCAACGCCCUCAACUCAAAGUUUAUGGCAGCGAACGGGAGGAGCCUGUCCAAUGACAACUUACAGUACCUUGCCAUGAAGGCCUUCAGCAACCAGAGUGUGCAGACAGAUGACUUCUCCAACAUGUACAUCACCUGGAGUAACUUCAAUAGGGAUCCUUUGCCUGGCUGUGCAUUUACCUUUUGGCGAUGGUUUCAUGGAGUACUGGAGUUGACGAGAAAACACUUGGGAAUCCCAUGGAAAGAAGGGUCCAUCUUGGGGUUCAUACGUAAGGAGCAGGCUCAGGAGCUUCUCUUGACCAAGCAGACCGGAACCUUCUUGUUACGCUUUAGUGACUCCAAGAUAGGAGCCAUUAGCAUCACUUGGGUUAAUGAGGAUCCCAACACAGGUGAAAGGCAAGUGCUGAAUCUAUUGCCGUUUGCCUCUGAGGACUUCCACAUUCGUUCCCUCGCUGACCGCAUCCACGACUUGCCACAUUUAACGCACCUGUUUCCUGAUAUUCCAAAGGAUACUGCUUUUGGCAAUCUGUAUACCCCUGAAGAUAAGGAGUUACCACAGCCUGGUGGUGGUUAUGUCAGUUCAGUGCUUGUCAGUAGGAUCCCUCAACUCAAACCUCCGCACGCAUCAUACGAUGCCCCAGGUACCCCAAUGAGUGGGUCUGUGGAGCCAGCCUCACCCCAGCAACAACUUCACAACCCGCAGGACUUUGACGAAUUUAAUACCAGAUUUGACGAUUAUGACCAAGAAGAUUCCAUGGUGACCCCUGACCUUGACGAGCUGCUGAAGGGUCUUCAGUUUGAGCCCGGUGAGAACAAUCUUCUGAAGUACGAAAUGACUUCCUAGUUUAACCAAAGGAAUGCUGACGGCGGCGGCUGGCUUCCAGAUGCAGACGGCAGAUAUCCAGGCCUGUAUGCUUCAUUUUUGGAAGGGCAAGGACAUCCAGGCACUUUCUCUUCUUUGGUCAAGGUCACCCCAUGAGGAAAUUUAGAGUAUACUUUGAAAAUUACCAAGGCAAUGACCACUGGACAUGGAGGCAAUCGCCUUCUUUGCUUCCGUGAAGUAUCAAGCCUGGAUAUCAACGAGAGCAUUACCGGUAAAUAUGUGCUAAGCGUAAGAAUGGUGGACCAUCAAAAUUGUAAUAACCUGAAUCUGGUUAGGCAGAAACAGUUAUGUACAGACUGCUACUUGUACUAGUCAAACUAUACUAAUAUAAAGGUCUGGCUGUGUAUGUAAACUGUAUACUUGUACAUGGGGCCCAAUUUCAUACAGCUGCUUAAGCACACAAAGUAGCUGUUUAAGCACACAAACCAGCUAAGCAUAACAAAAGUAUGCUUACCAGUCAAACUACUAUGUAACGUACAAUUUUUGACUGGUAUCCUGCUUAAGCAGUAUUUACUGCUGUAGCUGAAAUUGGGCCCCAGACCGAGCAUUGGUGGAGUUAAUGUAUUAAAUAUCCCUUGCGUGUUUGUAUUGUUCAUCACUGCGAAGAGUAAUUAUAACUAAUGGAGACUUUUUUCCAGUUUGCUAAAAUGUCAAUGUUGAGGUUAAAACUAAUUUCCUUGGAAUAUGUGAUAAGGUAAAAAGUUUAAAUAAAUAUUUUUCUUGAGUGAAAAAUGACACUAAUAGGCUUGUGGAGUGGGUUGUGCUAUUGGGAAGCUGUCUUGUCGUCGUCUGAUUAAAAAUUGCUAAGAAACUUGACUUUCUUUUGUGAAAAUCUCUAAAAGGAUAGUUGUAUUUUUGUAUGAUACUCUGAUUUAAAUUAGAAGAAUUCUACUUAGAAGUGGGUGGGAACUGAAUCAAAAUGCUAAUAAUGAACCCGCAUUGUUUGUCAGGCAGUGAAAUUCGUUUCUGAAGUGGCACAGCAAUUUUCCUCUGGUUCGUCUAUGAGGAAAAUGUAAAAUUUGUAUUGGAACUUUGCUAAAGGGCACAACAGCAAAAGCCACAGGGCACCACGGCGAUUGCCAUUGGUGCUGUGGGUUAAUUCGAGGCUUGGUUUCUGCUUGAAAUGAUAAUAUAUUCUUUGUGAUAAAAAUGUGAUGCGAUCAAGCUUUAAAUUGAGUCGUUUGUCAGAAAAAAAAAUAUCAGUAUGGAGAAACGAGCCAGAACAGUCAAGCAUGGGUCAAAGGCGAGCUUCUCAGUUGCUCAGAAGUUGUAAAAAAUAAAAAUUCAUCACACCCUGCAGUAUGUAUUUAACUUCAUUCCGAUUUUGAGAACUGUGCACGUGCUCAGCACUACGUAAACAAUAGACCUUUCCGCAAAUACCCAUUGCGCAACCGCAAACGCAAACUGUUGAAUGAGGUGCAUGCUGGUCUAGCUGGGAAUCAAACUUAAGCGCUAGCUAGACCAGCAUGCACCUCAUUCAAUGCCCAGCGUUGAGGUCUAUAGAAAUAUACCCAGUACAGUAUGUCUGCUGCCGACUAGCGUUCAAAAAUAUCCCAUUGUGUAAAACAUAAAUAGCAUCUAUUUGAUCAUAAAGUGCACAGCAAUCUUAUUUUUUGAAUACUAUUUUUUUAUAACAGUGAUUUCAGCGAGUCGCAAAAUUGUAUAGAUCUAUGUAUUAUCAGGGAAUUUUUUUUUUU